ACUCAUUUCGCUAUAAUUGGUGUAAACAAUCAACAGUCAUACAUCUUGUAUGAUUCUUUUCACUUGAAAAAUAUUUGAAUACAAUUUGUUGGAAACUUUUAUGUUCAAAAUUAAGAUAUAACACGAAAAAAGUGAAAAUACCUAUUCGAACCGAAAAUAUUGUGAAAUCUUAAUUGGUUGAUUUUGACUUCAGUACAAUAACACGCCUAACCUCAAAGACGACGCUUUACACAUAUAUUUUCUAAAAACAAAAUUUCCAGUUCACCAUGGCAAAUAUCUCCGUAACAACACCAAGUGAGAAUUGGAUCAAAGCGAUGAACGAUCACAUCAUUCCAAAUCAAGAGUAUUUGCUGCAAGGCUCGAUUUUGGAUUCGGCCGUGGAGCAUUUGUUGCACAGAUUGAAGGGGCUAUGUGAUAACGUGGAUUCUGGACCGGAACAGUUUCAAGAUCAUGAAAUUUCAUUCAGCCUACGUAUGCCAAAUCAGCCAAAUACACUUCAAUUGCGUGUGAAAAAAGCAACGGCUGAGACUGAUCAGUUCCAACCAUAUCAAUUGAGGUACAUUGGGCAGCCGGAAAUCGGUGAUCGAACGCGUCCAACUUUAGUUCGUUCGAGCAUAAAUGUCGCAUGUACAUCAUCGGUUGUUGAGUUUCUCACGGAAUUGGGUUGUCGCGUGGAUUUUGAGUAUAUUAAUCGUGGAUAUAUGUUUCGAAAGGGUCGAAUGAAGAUCACCGUUUCGAAAAUAUUCAAAGUGACACCAUUAAAACCGGGCGAGACAUUCAAUGACCCCAUAUCUCAGAGUUAUUUGGUUGAACUCUCCGUGCUGGCAACCACCGGCCAAGAUGCCAUCGGUGAGGAUAUGCGCGCGUUUGCCGAACAGUUGAAACCAUUAGUACAAUUGGAUAAAAUCGAUUGUAAACGACUUGGCAACUUACCUUGAACGAUAUAUUUUUAGUGUAGAUUAAGAAUCAAAUUAAAUCUGACUUAUUUACCAUUCAAUAAAAAAAGAAAAUCUAAGCGCAUUUCGUUUGAGGGCUUCA